CAGUCAGCUGUUCGGACGGAGCUAGCCGAGGCAGCUAACAGGAAAAAACAUAAAAAUACAGAUCCGUGUACGUGAUGGAUAAGACCACUACGCGGUACAAUGUACAGCUGUACAUCUACGACCUGUCGAGAGGGAUGGCCCGCAGCCUCAGCCCCAUCAUGCUGGGAAAACAACUGGAUGGGAUCUGGCACACGGCUAUAGUGACGUACGGGGAUGAGUUCUUCUUCGGCGGGGAGGGGAUCUCCAGCUGUCCACCGGGUGGGACCAUGCUGGGACCUCCAGACACAGUCGUGGAGCUGGGUGAGACCGAAGUGUCCGAGGAGAUCUUCAUGGAAUACCUAUCCUCCCUGGGAGAGAGUACAUACAGAGGGGACAGGUAUCGUCUGUUUGAGCACAACUGCAACACCUUCACCAACGAGGUGGCUCAGUUCCUGACGGGCAGGACCAUCCCCUCCUACAUCACCGACCUUCCGUCCGAAGUCCUCUCCACACCAUUCGGCCAAAUACUGCGGCCCAUCCUGGACUCGAUCCACAUCGCACCACCAGGGGGCAACGUCAUCAACGGAGGCAGAAACGUCUAACCUGAGAGUCGCAGUGUCCGAGGUCACUUCCAUUGUAGUCAGUCACUAAUAUGUCUCAAGUUCAUCUUUCUUUCUGUCUGUCUUUUUGUCCUUUUGUCUUUCUUAGCAGUAUAUGAAGCUAUAAUUGAUAGACAAAACCUCAAUUCUUAAAAUUAUUAUAUUUCUUCCUUAAAAUCCAGUGGGUCGGUGAAUGUGACUCCCUGCCCACUUGAUGAAAUUUGAUGGUGCCUUGGUCAGUUGAAAUGUGAUAUAUUAAUGAUCAAUUAUAAAGUUUUAAUUUCACAAGACCAGCAAAGUCUAUUAUAUCGAGAUUUGAUAAAACACGGAAGAUUUGAUGAGUUGCCUCCUCAAAGAGUUUUUAGAAGUAAAUGGCAACAAAGUGUAUUUCAUUAUAGAUUUAACACAUUAAUAUACCUCUUAGCACAUUGGUGCAUUCAUAUAUAGUAUAAUAUAUAAUAAACAGUGUUUUUGUUGGUAUAGCAACAUUUUAUUUAUCAUAAGAGUUUGUUUAUUUAAUGAAGUUGUUUCGAUAUGGAUUUCAGUUCCGCACUUAUCAGGUUUCACGCAUGGUUCCUCCAGCGAGAAUCAUCUCCUGCUGACUACAAUGGAAUGAAUCUGAUCACUUUAGCAUAGGUAUGUUUAAUAUAUUCAAAUCAAUGGAAUGCGGGUUAAUAUAUAGAUAGAAAAUAGAGUUUUAAUCUUUAAAUGUCAUGAUCAGAUUUUAAUUUAGCAUUUUUUUGUUUUGUUUUACUUUUUUGUUAUUUGGUCGCCUGCAUUUCUCCCCAGAGAUCAUUUUGUACCUUUUUGAUAUUUGUCUCUGUUUCUCCUGAGUUCAGCCUCUUUCCGGUCGCCUCCUUACCAAACCUUCCAUUGUCAUUCCACUUGUCACAGAGUUUGUGAAGGGACAAACAAUGUGUGACCGGUGCCUCAUGAGCUGAGAGGUUUUAAGCUUAUAUAAGAGAUAAGAUAACGUGUUUAUCUCUAUAGCAGGACUGGGAUCAGGUCACCAUAGAUUCACCUAUGUCUGUGCGUACAAAAGUAAACCCUGGUGAUGGAGGUGAGGGCUUUUUGUUCAGUUUUGGAAAAUGAAAUGAGUUUUCUCGGUUAUUUUGUUUAAAAUCGACUAAAAGUAAACUACAUCGCAGUAACGUCACAUAAGUUGUGCCUCUUGGCCUGUGCCCCCACCUCCAGAGGUAGAUGCUGAUCACUGAUACUCUUCUUUUUUUUUUUCUUAUUUUAAAUACCUAUGUUCCAGUUGCCAUGUGGAUAAUUCUAAACAAUUGCACAUGAAGUUCUGCCCUGUUGACUUAUUAACAGCUGAUGCUUGAGUCCUUUAACAGCCACCAGAGUGUGUUUGAUUCAAAAUACAUCUCUGUGCCUUCAUCUUCCCGGUGGCUUGGUUGCAGUCUGGCGUGGUUAUAGCUUAGCACAGAUGGUACAUUGUGAAGUUUUCAAUUAAUUGCAUGAAUGUCCGACCCUAAAUAUCUUUAAAAAAAUUAGGCGAAGUUAAACCGCUGCAUUUUGCCAUUAGAAAGAAGAUAUAUCUGUUCAAGCUCUAGAUAACACACACAGUGGAUCACGUGCUUAUAGUUGAUCUGAUUUACAUGAAACACACUGAACCUCAUGAGCCAACAGACAGAGUGAAGGAUGGAAGAGGCACAGGAAAAAGAAAACCGCAGAGUCAAUAAACCAGCAUUAACUUAACUCACCGUGUUCUCCUGCAAUAAACAAACCUCUCACACACACACACACACACACACACACACACACGCACACACAACCUUCCCAGCAGUCGCUGCUCAAAGCUCAACCUCACGUCUUUUAAGUAUUUGGAUACUUUGAAAGAAAUUAAAAACUGAAUCGUGCUUCGAGAGGCCAGAAAGCUCAGGUGAAUCCGGGGUUCUGUUGUUUUUUUGCCUUCAGCUAACUGACAUGCUAACCGGACCACUGAAAUGUAUUACUGCACAGGUCGCCCCUCCUCGCUGUGACGUGUCGUUGGUGGGCCGUGACCUGUAAUGUGAAAUUCAUAACAUUUAUUUAUGGAUAUUAUUCCCUAUUUGAAUACUCUAACUAUGGUGGAUAUGUUAAAUACAUAUUAUUUGUAUGGUUUGUGUAAUUGUUUCUUUUUUGUAAUCUGUCCUAUACAUAAAGCCAUUGACUGCAAA